AGUUGCCGAUAAUUGAAACUGCUAAGAAAUUUCAGAGAUAUACAGAUUAAGAAAAAUUUAUUAAUUUUUAUCAAUUAUUAAUUUUAUUUUAUAUAAUUUAACAUCAUUUUGUACGGAGGCCGAUAAAAUAUCAGAUUAUAAUUUUGGAUAUUGCGAAUUCGGUUAAGAGUAGAGAAUGUCGCAGGAAGCAGCAAAACCUAUCAAUGUUAAUGAUUUGCAAGACCUAAAGGAAAGGAUGAAACUCAUAGCGGAGGCGGAUCCUAAACAAUACCAUAAUGAUUAUUCACUAAAACGCUAUUUAAGAGCUUUUAAAACCAUUGAUGAUGCUUUCCAGGCAAUACUUAAAACAAACAAAUGGCGCGAGCAAUAUGGUGUAAGUGACCUGGCGAAUUUGCCAGAACUGCAGCAAUAUGGUGAUAAGGCCCGCGUGCUGCGUCAUCGCGAUUGUGCUGGUCGACCUAUCAUUUACAUACCAGCAAAAAAUCACAACUCUAAUACGCGUGAUAUAGAUGAGAUGACUAAAUUUAUCGUCAAAUGUUUAGAGGAAGGCUGUCAAAAAUGUUUUGAAGAGGUCACUGAUACUUUGUGCAUUGUUUUUGAUUUAGCAGAAUUUAGUACUUCCUGUAUGGAUAUGCAGCUGGUCAAAAAUCUCAUUUGGCUACUCAGUAAACACUAUCCUGAACGCCUAGGCGUAUGCCUUAUAUUGAAUUCACCAGGUUUUUUUUCAACUAUUUGGCCAGUCAUACGUCAACUGAUUGAUGAUAAUACGGCACAGAAAGUGAUUUUCAUCGACAAUGAAACCGAACUAUGUAAAUAUUUAAUACCUGAUGUCCUUCCCACUGAUAUGUAAAGUGCAAUUUUUUAUAUCUAAAACGUUAUACUCUUGUACUAAAGGACAAUUAAGAAAACUUAUAUAUCUUAGUGGUGUAUAUUUUGUGUUCUAUGUAUAUAUAUAUAUAUAUAUAUAUAUAUAUAUUCAUGUACAUAAUAUAUAUAUAGAUAUAUAACCUGUGUUGCUCCUUGUGUAUAUUUUUGAAAUAAAAAUCCUUAUAAGAAAUGCAUUCCAUUUUCCCACAAUAGCAAAUAUUACAUUAUUAUACUGCUUUACAUAAUAAUAUAUAUAGGUUACAUAAAUUACACACAUUUAUGAAUGUCUCUAAAGUAAUUGUUAUCUAUCUGUUUUUGUUGUAUUUU